AUGACGCCAGAAGAUAAAAAACGUAAAUAUAUUCUAUCUGUAGAUCCUAAGAUUGUUAAACAGAGGGAUUCAAAAACUGAUACGUACAAGCGAUUUCAGUAUUUGUUAUCCAUCACAGAUCUGUUCCGCCAUUUUAUAUCAAUCAAAUCAAAACAUGAUAAAAAUUUACAAAAAUUGUUAAGAGAAACAGACUUCUCAUCAUAUCAAAAUUCAAAGUUAAACGGUGGUUCCGUCUCAAGACAUAAUAGAAAAUCUGAAAAAGAGGAAGAUGCAGAACUGAUGGCUGAAGAAGAAGAUUCUGAAGAUGACGAUUUAUAUAGGAAUGAGGAAUAUGUCACUGAAUCACCAAGCUUCAUUCAAAAUGGGAAGUUGAGAGAUUACCAAAUACAAGGUUUGAAUUGGUUGAUUUCCUUACAUGAACAUAAAUUAUCUGGUAUUUUAGCUGAUGAGAUGGGGCUGGGGAAAACUUUGCAAACUAUCUCCUUUUUAGGGUAUAUUAGGUAUGUGAAACAUAUUACUGGACCAUAUUUAGUUAUUGUACCGAAGUCUACUUUAGAUAAUUGGAGACGUGAGUUCAACAAGUGGACACCCGAAGUUAAUGUCGUUGUUUUACAGGGUGAAAAAGAACUAAGACGUGAACUAGUAGAAAAUAGUGUUUUAACUUGUGACUUUGACGUUUUGGUCACUUCAUAUGAAAUGGUCAUUAGAGAAAAGUUAGUUCUUAAAAAAUUUGCUUGGGAAUACAUAGUAAUUGAUGAAGCGCACCGUAUUAAGAAUGAAGAGAGUACACUUUCACAAAUCAUUAGAUUGUUUUAUUCUCGUCAUAGAUUGUUGAUCACAGGUACACCAUUGCAAAACAAUUUACACGAAUUAUGGGCAUUGCUCAAUUUCUUGUUACCAGAUAUUUUUGGUGAUUCAGAAGUGUUUGAUGAAUGGUUUGAACAAAAUAAUUCAGAACAGGAUCAGGAAGUAUUGGUUCAACAACUUCAUGCUGUUUUAAAUCCGUUCUUACUAAGAAGAGUGAAAUCUGAUGUAGAAAAAUCUUUAUUACCCAAAAUUGAAACAAAUGUUUAUGUGGGGAUGACCAAUAUGCAAUUACAAUGGUAUAAAUCCUUAUUAGAAAGAGAUAUUGAUGCCGUGAAUGGUGCUGUAGGUAAACGUGAGGGAAAAACACGUUUAUUAAAUAUUGUUAUGCAAUUGAGAAAAUGUUGUAAUCAUCCUUACCUUUUUGAAGGUGCCGAACCCGGUCCACCUUAUACCACGGAUGAGCAUUUAGUUUAUAAUGCUGGGAAGAUGAUUGUCCUUGAUAAACUAUUAAAAAGAUUAAAAGAAAGGGGAUCCCGUGUAUUGAUUUUUUCUCAGAUGUCUAGAAUGUUAGAUAUUUUAGAAGACUAUUGUUAUUUUAGAAACUAUGAAUAUUGUAGAAUUGAUGGGUCUACACCACAUGUUGAGAGAAUUGAAGCUAUUGAUGAAUAUAAUAAACCAGACUCAGAAAAGUUUAUUUUCUUACUAACUACUCGAGCUGGUGGGUUGGGUAUUAAUUUGGUUACUGCAGACACUGUUGUGUUAUAUGAUUCUGAUUGGAAUCCACAAGCAGAUUUACAGGCUAUGGAUAGAGCACAUAGAAUUGGUCAAAAGAAACAAGUUCAUGUAUAUAGAUUUGUUACAGAAAAUGCAGUGGAAGAAAAAGUUAUUGAAAGGGCUGCUCAAAAGUUAAGAUUAGAUCAAUUGGUCAUCCAGCAAGGGAUUGGGAAACGUACUCCUGGUAUUGCCAAUAACAAGGAUGAUUUAUUGGAAAUGAUUCAAUUUGGUGCUAAAGAUGUCUUUGAGAAAAAUACUAAUAGAAUUACUACAGAUGUGGACAUAGAUGAGAUUUUGAAAAAAGGUGAACAGAAGACACAAGAAUUAAAUGCUAAAUAUCAAGCCCUUGGGUUAGAUGACUUGCAAAAGUUCAAUGAAUUUGAUAAUCAAUCUGCUUAUGAAUGGAAUGGUCGAAAUUUCCAAAAAAAGAAUACUGAUAAAACAUUCACAUGGAUUAAUCCGUCUAGAAGAGAAAGGAGAAGAGACCAACAACAAACAUAUUCUGUAGAUGAUUAUUAUAAAGAAAUAAUUGGAGGAGGUUCAUCAAAGUCUAGUAAAACAACGCUUCAAACCAAAACACCUAAACCGCCUAAAUGGGUGCAAGGUCAAGAUUUCCAAUUUUUCCCCAAGGAGUUGGAUGAUAUCCAAAACAAAGAACAGUUAUGGUUUAAGAAGAAGAUUAAUUAUCAAGUUACUGUAUAUGAUGUAAUGGAUGAUGUUGAAGAAGAAGAAGAAUACGAUGAUAAUUCAGGAAAGAAAAAAAAGAAAACUAAGGAAGAGCUAAUUAGAGAGGAGGACGAAUUAGAGAAGAAAAUUAAAAGUGAACAAGAGAAGAUUGAUAAUGCUCCAGAGUUCACUGAUGAUGAUGAAAAAGAAAAACAGCGGCUUAUCUCCCUUGCGUUUACUAAUUGGGCUAAAAGAGAUUUUACAUCAUUUAUAAAUGCAUGUGCUAAAUAUGGAAGAGAUAAUAUGCGGAUGAUCCGUGAGUCUAUUGAUAGCAAAACACCAGACGAAGUGGAAGCAUAUGCAAAAGUUUUCUGGAAGAGAUACAACGAAAUUACAGGUUAUGAAAGAUAUUUAAUGACCAUUAAAAAUGGUGAAAGAAGAAUUCAAAAGCUAAGAUAUCAGGAAUCUGUCUUACAAAAGAAAUUAGAACAAUAUGAAUAUCCCUUAUAUGAAAUGAUGAUUCAAUAUCCACCUAAUAAUGCUAGAAGAACAUAUAAUUCAUUAGAAGACAAGUUUAUUCUUUUAACAGUAAAUAAGUAUGGCCUUCUGGAUGAUAAAUUAUAUGAAAAGAUAAAACAAGAGAUAAUGUUAAGCGAUUUAUUUACUUUUGAUUGGUUUAUUAGAUCCAGAACCAUACAUGAACUUUCUAAAAGAGCCAAUACGCUAUUAACAUUAAUAGUUCGUGAGUAUGAAUCACCAGAGAGUUUUAAGAAAAAGAGACCCAAGAGUAUGUCGUCGAAGGAAGAUGGAGUGAAACUUGCUUCCAAUAUCAAGCCGAAUAUGAAUGGUCAUAUUGAAAAAAAACCAAAAACUCAAGAAUAA